CAAAUCUCUCCUGGUAGACACAUUUCUACCGUUGCACGGUAUAUACCGUCAUACCACCCAGCCCUACUGUCAAAUACUGACUAGAUUAGUGGCCUGGAUAUUGUUUAGAAGGGCUUUGUUUAGCUUAGUGUAUAAGUGUCUGUGAAAACAUUAAAACGAAUAAAUCUGCCAUUUAAAGUCUUACUCCAGCCUCAGAUGGAGAAUGCACUGCCUGCAUGCGUUAGCCGCAGACUUCCUUCAGCCUGAAAGCUAAACACCCGCCACACUGCACCCGCUACACCAAGCUCGUAAAAAGCCUCACGAGACUGAAGACAUACACAUGAGCCAUGUGACCCUAACCGCAAGCACGGGGUCAAGGUAUGAUUGUAUGCUUAGUAUGGUGUCGACUAGCCAAUAAAACGGCAAAAGCCAAACAAGUGCUUGUAACCGGGUGGUCGGCCCACGUAUUCCAACAGAUGUCUAUUUUUACAGCUUGCAAAUGGAUGUAAAUAUAGAUCUAUGUCCUCCAUGCUGAUAUAUUUUUGUCAUGCGUAUCAUGACUUGCAAGAAAAAAAUUACGAAAGAAUUUUGAAAAUCUUCACUCGAAGUGCGAGGGUGAGGUGUUAUUCUCGGGUGAAGUAUAUUUUGGGUGGGAGCCCGUGUCAUGUGCGAUAUAGCUCUGCUUUGUGGUUGCAGCAGCCAGGUUCCUGCGCAAAUUUACACAGUGUCUUGUUUGAGCUGCCGUGCAUAUAUUGAUAGGUAGUCGUUUGGUUAGCCUUAGGUCUCGGCAAGACACCUCAGUUAACUCUAGGAUUAGGCAUAAGCCUUUUAGGGUUAAGCCAGUCACAUGAGAUACUCUGACAGAACGACUCUGGAACAAUCUUCACUGACCACCAUCCCAUCAAGUUUUUAUAGUUUGUUUGGAGAUACUUUCGCUUUGGCCUUGACCCCAUCCAGCCCACUGGUGGAAAUCUUGCUGCUUAAGAAGACACUGGUGUGGCACUUGGUGUUUGUUAGGUGAAAAAUUCACUCGAUUCAUGUGACCAAUGAGAAGUCCUUGUGUGAGUGCUCCUUCAUUUCAUGGAUUUUAACCGUAAUGGGAUUCCGGGUGCUUCUGCGAUCAACUCCCCAGAUUGUCCCAUGGUGGUUAGUUCUCUGUUGAGUGCCCCCUGUGAUAUUAAAAGCAGGUUGUUUGGGACAGAACCUGAUCGAUUGGAGACACAAAACACUUGACACUGCAGCUGAAGAGGAGGUAUGUGACAAAAGCAAGCUGUAUAUAUUGUCAGGGAGGCAGACAUUUUAGGGUCUUUUUUCAAGUUAAAAUUAUAGACUUUAGAUAAUAUUUUACUUAGCUUGCUCCUGUGACAACUAUGCUGUUUGGCUAAAAGCACUAGACAAAUAGUCUCAAACUCAAAUUAUUUGGGUGGGGGUUGCAGUUGGGGGGCAGUGAGUAAAAGGUAUCCUAUAUAUUUUUUGACAACAGUGAUUAUUAUCUGUACAUAGUCAAUUAACUACUAACUACAAAAGCUAUUUUCAUGUUGGUCUGGUUAUGGGCAUGUAGGGCUAGUGAAACUUGCCCGAUUACUUUACAGGGGACACAGAAACGCAGAGAAUGGGUACAUUUAUUUGUGGGGCCACAUGAAACUGCCUUGAGGCCCAAAUGUGACCCCUGAUCUAGAGGCUCUGGUAGUUGCAUAUGUUCCCAUGUAUGUGAGUGUGGAAAGCUCAGAGGUGUCAGGUUCAGCUCUCCCUGUCCCUGUGCAAGCAACAGGAACACCCACUAAUGUUCCAUUGGAUGUCCAUAUACUGCGGGUUAUGUUUAGCCUUGGGUCACCUUGUCUGCGGUCUGCAAAUGCUGAAGCCCGGUAAUCAGUACAGUCAGGCAACAUGCUAGUUGAUGGAUACAAUAAAGGAGUAAGAGGACACAUUAGCAAUAGCGAAGCACUGCAACAGGUGAAAGGCUGGUUGCCUUGGCCCAUGGCUGCCCUCCAAAGUCCAGGGCCAUACCCCUGGAAUUGGUCGGCACAAGCCCCCCGUAAUACCCAGUAAGCACUCACGCCUUGGGUUUUGGGCCAAGCUGGCACUGGACUUGGCUGGACAAUUUGGAGCUGGAAGCCCAGAGGGUGUCAAUGGCCCACUGGGAGUGCUUGGCGGUUUAAUAUAGGACUGGGGGGGUGGGGUGUUUUUUUGGAUCAGAUAGUAGUCACUCAGUUUGUUUAUGAAGAGUGUUAAGAGUCAUCUACUCGUUUGGCUGAGAGUAAAAUGAGAUGAGGUGAAGGUAGACUGGGGCCCAAAAAGACACUUCUUUUUUUUCGCGGCUCACAAUUUUGCAGUCACUGAUGCUAUGGUGUGUAGUAGAACCUGGGAUCUGCAGGGCUGUGGGUUGGGCCUUGUUGUCUGGACGGCCACCUGCUAGCAUGAUUUCAUGACCUGCCUGAACACCAUGUGAGGCCUGACCCCUGACACUAAUUUGAGAGAUUCAUUUUUCAAAUGGGCAUUUAAGCCUGUGUUGAGAAAUGGAGAGGGGAGGGGUCUUUAUUUCCUGUAUUGAGCUGUUUGAGGACGGGUUGACAUUUAAAGUGCUCUCUUGCUGUGAACACUCUGAACGCUACAGCAGAUUAUUUUCCUUACCAUAAAUUGUUAUCUCCAACUUAUCCUUUUCCUCACUUUUUAACUUUAAUGAGAGACAUUUGGGGGAAUCCAUUUCCUGAUUGAUGCGCUCAUUAACACGUUUUUUUUUUUAUGAGGUGGUUGGGAAUGACUGAUGAGAGAUAUUUCUUAAAGGAAAGAUGCAUUAAUGUGACUAAUUAGAGAGGAGUAGGAGAACAUUUUUCAGAGGUAUAUCGCUGAAUCUGAGCUCAGUAAUUAUCGUGCCCUCCCGUGAUCUGCACCCUGCAAAGCAGUUUUGUUUGGCGUAAGGGCUGCCUCAACUCACUUGUAUUGAAGAAAAGCAUAAGACUGUUCGAGACACUGCUGCAUUUGGUAACAGAUGGGAUGAAGCGGGGGGGUUAUGUGGUGAGAGUGAGAACGUGAUGCUUGUGUACUUAUGCGCUCGUAACGUCUGCCAGACUGCAGGCCAGGCGAGAAUGCGUUUUGUCACUAGCGUGGUCUCCCACAGUUAUGUGCCACAGAAGUUUGGUCAGAGGCUGGGGGUUGAACAAAGGUUAAUUUUAUGCAUGGUGCCUGGAAGGGGGCUGUUUAUUGACUUUUCUUUGUUCCUUGUUUAUCACUUAUUUCAUUUUUAUCAUUAUUGUGUUUUAUCUGGACGGAAAAGCAGGGAGACUCGAAAAUGUUUUUUUUUCUCUGUCUUUCCAUUACCUCUCUCUCUUCUCUCUCUUGUCCCAUUCUUUCACAAAUGUUUUUUUUAUUUCGCUGCAGUUUCAUAUAUCAGCACUGGGAUCUGUGCAGGUUUUUGGCCAAGGCCACGCCUCAUGGGCGGUGGCCAGCAGUCACAGCGAGCCGGAGCCUGGGGAAAUCAUUAACCAGACGAACCACAGCGGGACUCUGAUUCCGCUCGCCUCCAUCUUCACAUCUUCAUCAUCAUCACUCGACGCCAGCAGGGGCUGCGGUGACAUCGUCAGGUAGGGCGGCUUGCCGACGCCCCACCCGACCAUGGCUGAGUGACUUCCCCCUGAGGCUCAGCGAAUGACAAGCGUGCAUCCGAGGGUGGGGCCCGCCUCAGUCUCACAUGAUUGGCUGCUGGAUGGAAUUAAGGUGAAUGGAACACAUGCCCAAGGAGCAGGACUCUAACCAAUCGGAAGGAGAAGAGAAACGGUGGCCCGAUGGCCCGAAAAGGAAGAGAAAGAAUAGUCAAUGUUCGAUGAAGAGCAUGUCCGGUAAGAAGCUUGCAGAUGCCAGUUUGGCAGGCUACAUCCCGAGUUACCUGGAGAAGGAUGAGCCCUGUGUGGUGUGUGGAGACAAGGCCACUGGCUACCACUACCGCUGCAUCACCUGUGAGGGCUGCAAGGGAUUCUUCCGACGCACCAUCCAAAAGAACCUCCACCCCGCCUACUCCUGCAAGUACGAUGGCUGCUGCAUCAUCGACAAGAUCACCCGCAACCAGUGCCAGCUGUGCCGCUUCAAGAAGUGCAUCGCUGUGGGCAUGGCAAUGGACUUGGUGCUGGAUGAGGCCAAGCGCGUGGCCAAGCGCCGGCUGAUCGAGGAGAACCGCGAGCGGCGGAAGAAGGAGGAGAUGGUGAAGACGCUGCAGAACCGGCCCGAGCCCACCAGCUCCGAGUGGGAGCUCAUCCGGAUGGUGACGGAGGCCCACCGCCACACCAACGCCCAGGGCUCGCACUGGAAGCAGAAGCGCAAGUUCCUGCCAGAGGACAUCGGCCAGUCUCCUGUGGCCCCCACAUCAGACGGAGACAAGGUGGACCUGGAGGCCUUCAGCGAGUUCACCAAGAUCAUCACGCCUGCCAUCACCCGCGUGGUCGACUUUGCCAAAAAAUUGCCCAUGUUCUCAGAGCUGCCUUGUGAAGACCAGAUCAUCCUUCUGAAAGGCUGUUGCAUGGAGAUCAUGUCCCUGCGGGCGGCAGUGCGCUACGACCCCGAGAGCGAGACGCUGACGCUGAGCGGCGAGAUGGCCGUCAAGCGCGAGCAGCUCAAGAACGGCGGCCUGGGCGUGGUGUCCGAUGCCAUCUUCGACCUGGGCAAGAGCCUGGCGCAGUUCAACCUGGACGACACAGAGGUGGCGCUGCUGCAGGCUGUACUUCUCAUGAGCUCAGACCGUUCUGGCAUCACCUGCGUGGACAAGAUCGAGAAGUGCCAGGAGAUGUACCUGCUGGCGUUCGAGCACUACAUCAAUUACCGCAAGCACAACAUUCCCCACUUCUGGCCCAAGCUGCUGAUGAAGGUGACGGACCUGCGCAUGAUCGGGGCCUGCCACGCCAGCCGCUUCCUGCACAUGAAGGUGGAGUGCCCCAACGAGCUCUUCCCCCCGCUCUUCCUGGAGGUGUUCGAGGACCAGGAGGUGUGAGGGAGGAGGGAGGAGGAGGAGGAGGAGGAAGAGAGAGACAGAGAGAAGGAGUAGGAGGAGAAGAAAGGCAGAGGAGGGAGAUCCAGUCUGAUUGGAGGAGCAGUGGAAGCAGUCGGAGCCUGGACACACGAGGCAGGAAGGACUCUUGGAGCGUCACCUCUCUCCCAUUCCCUUGCCCUGCCACCGCCGCCCACCCUAUCCCGGGGACAUAUUUUAUUUUACGUUUGGUCUGUUUUUUUUUUUUCUCAGAAGAGUAAAAAUGCACCGUUUCGUCUCCUCACCCACACGUGUGAAACAGACACCAGCAGCAGCAUUGGCAAAAGGGGGAGUUGGAGGGAUGGGGGGCGGGGGGGCGGGGGGGUCACCACCGGCUAUGCUUCUAUGUUGUGUAUUUUUUUAUGUUUUUGUAUGUUUGUUUACGGUUUUGUUUUGUUUUUCAGGGUGGGGGUGGGGGGGUUGCUUUGGUUUGGAUACUCAGCCC